GUCACAAAUUUUUGACAAUUUUGCAGCCAUUUCACAGUAAUUUUGGUAAUAUUUGAUACUUUCACACAAUUUUCGUGAAAAAAAAAACAAAUAAAUAAAUAAUAAAAAUUAAAAAAAAAAUAACAAUAAAAAAUGAGACGGAAGUCGGAAAUUCACAAACACUUCGAGGCAUCGGCGGAUAAGGUGCGCUGCAUCUACUGCAAUUAUGUUAUCAUCAAGAAUGCGACGCGUAUGACGGAGCACCUUCAGAAAUGCAUGCAGUGCCCCGAAGGCGUCCGGAGGGCGGAAUUCCUCAAUAGGCCGCUAAAGAAGGAAAUUAUUAAAGUGGAUGAACCUGGUCCAGAUUUCUCAGAAAUCAACGAUUGGACGGUUUUCUCAAAUGACGAAUCAGAGGAAAUCCGCACAAUGACACCCCCUCCGGGGAAACGACACAAAUCCGAGGAUGGUGGCUCACAGACAAAUCCCUUUAUCGAGAUGGAGGAAACACAUGUGGAUUACUUCUUUAAGAGUAUGGCCCUGCAGGUGAAGACGGCCAAUUUGACGCAGCAGAACUUUAUUGAUUUGCAAAUCGCCUUCCUCAAUCUCUUCUCAACAAAGAUACGCGAGUACAAGCACUAGCUUCCCUCCUCCUCAUCUCCUUCACAUCCUUAAGAUUAGGCGAGGAUUUUUAUUUUAAAAGCUUCCUGCUUCUCUUAUUCUUUUAGAUUUGAUCACAAAAACAAAUAGCAUUAGAACCCUUUAAUUCUAAGGAAAUUAUUUUAAUCAAAUCAUUACGAAAUUCAUCGCAAAUCCUGCCAAAAUUUUGGCAAAAAAGACAAUUCAUCCUUCAUUGUAUUUUUCUUUUUAUAAAUAAUGUAAUUAUUUUUGUGAGAAAACACAUAAAAUAGACAUUUCACAACGAUAGAUUUUAGAGAAAUAAAUUUUAAUCUGAUUUUAGACAAUAAAGAUUCUUUUCUUCUUGAA